AUGUCGCAGGCGUAUGUGCGAGCUCGCGAGCGCGCGAGGUGCUGGGGCGGCAAGGCUCUCGAGGGCGCGGGCGUACGCACGAGCUCGCGGGCGCGCGAGGUGCUGGGGAACGGCUGGACACUUUCGGCAUGGAAUCGACUGAGGCUCGGAACUCUCGGAGAUGAAAACCCCGCAUCAAAGCCCACUGCUGACACUCCUCCGACCACCUUCUUCGAAGUCACCAAACCCAUCACCAUCCCAAUACCAAACCUUGCUCCUAUGGAAAAUUCCCAGUCCUCGCCGACGAAAACCCCCCUCCACAUAUCGUUCCUAGAAAUUCUCCAAAAUCGUGCUCGAGUUGACCGCAACCUAGAAGGGCUGCCAUUUGAUCGGAUCUUUGGUGUCUGGCUCAACGACAUCGAGAUCCUCCGCAGGUGCAUGGCCGAGCAGCGGCCCACCGACAUUAAUCUAGGGAUUGUCAAUGGUGAGUUGUGA